AUGAACGACCACCUAUCCUCCAUGUCGACGGAGGAAUAUCUAAAUUGCCUAUACCAAGCCUCCCCCCCCUGCGUCUCGCAAAACUGGCGUUUACGAUUCACUGAUCUCCGAGAGUCAUCGCCACAUGACCUAUUCGCGCUCUUGCACCACAUAGACCAGCACGUCGAGAUCAACGUCGAUACAGUCAUUCGCACGUGGGAUGGAAACAUACCCGUUUACUGGGUACGAUUCCAGUCAAUAACGGAAGCUUUGGUGGCGAGAGGAUUCGCCGUCAACGCGGAAGGACGCUACAGCGUAAAGGUCACUGGAGCGUUAGUAAACAAGGACCUCUUCAACAUCGCCGAGACAGAGGAGAGUAAUCCUCACGCCCCUCCUCCCCUUCCCGUAAACCGAUGGGAUAACCCACUACGAUUGUAUACACUCCCGCCAUCCACCCCGACUACACAACCACCCACGCCAGACCAAACAUCACCGACUGCACCGACGACUACGACAACGAACGCAGCGGUCAGCACGACAACGGAACAAAAGACAGAGACGUCGAAACGUUCUCUCUACGAACGAUUACAACGAACACCAUUAAGCGAACGAAUCACCACACCGUAA